AAAUCAGCCAGUUUGAGUCUUGAUUUGCCGGAUUACUGCGAAAAAAAAAGCUCGUUUUUUUUGUUUCAGGCUUCGCUUUUUUCGUCGGGUUUACUGCGGCGGAAGAAGCGGUGGAAGCGAUCCAGCUUCAGCCGCCGUCGCGGCUGCCGCUCCUCCAUGGCAAAUUCUCUUCGAUUGUAUUUGACCUGCAUCCGCAACACCCUCGAUGCGGCGAUGUGCCUUCAGAAUUUCCCUUGCCAAGAAGUUGAAAGACAUAACAAGCCAGAAGUCGAACUGAAGACAAGCCCAGAGCUUUUGCUAAAUCCGGUUUUGAUAUGCCGGAAUGAAGCAGAGAAAUGCUUGAUCGAGACAUCAAUAAAUUCAAUUCGAAUAAGUUUGAAGGUGAAGCAGUCAGACGAGCUUGAGAAUAUCCUUGCCAAAAAAUUCCUUCGCUUUUUGUCAAUGAGGGCAGAGUCAUUCCAAGUGCUGAGAAGAAAACCUGUGCAGGGUUAUGAUAUCAGUUUCCUCAUAACGAAUUACCACUGCGAGGACAUGCACAAGCAUAAGCUUAUUGACUUCAUCGUGCAAUUUAUGGAGGACAUCGACAAGGAGAUCAGUGAGCUAAAAUUAUCAGUAAACACAAGAGGACGUCUAGUAGCCACAGAAUUUCUGAAGCAGUUCGUUUGAAUUCGACUUUGCACCAGAAAAUGGAGGGACUGGCAACUUCAUUAUUGAAGAUCACUGCACGCUUCAGCAAAGAAUUGUUUAGUGCAUUGUUGUAUUGUUUUGCAUGUUCCUGUUCUUUUGAUGCUGAACAUUUUUUUUAUGUCACUGCUUGAUGUAGGAUUUUAUAGGGAUAAAAUGGAAUUAAUUUCUUUUCUAUA